UCCACUUGGUGGCGCUGCGGUGUGAAAUGGACUCUGACAACUGACACCAGGCGAAGAAGAAGAAGAAGAAGAAGUCUGGCUGCAACAAUGGCGUCUGUGAUGAGAGGAAGCUUGCUAACAUUGUUCAAGGGUCUGAGUGGCCCCCGGUGGCAGCAGCUUGCCUCUCGACCCCUGAGUGUUUCAGCUGAAGUUCCACCAGCUCGUGCAGAUGCAAUCUUUAAGGUCACCAUGGUUCCAGGGGACGGCGUUGGACCCGAGUUGAUGACUGCUGUCAAGGAUGUGUUCAAGGCUGGAGAUGUUCCUGUGGAAUUUGAGGAGUUCCAUCUGAGUGAAGUCCAGAACAUGGCCAGCGAGGAGAAGCUGGAGCAAGUGCUGACCUCAAUGAAGACCAACAAAGUAGCAAUGAAAGGAAAGAUCCACACACCAAUGGAGUUCAAAGGGGAGUUAGCUUCUUACGAGAUGAGACUGAGGCGUAAACUGGACCUGUUUGCCAAUGUGGUUCAUGUGAACAGCCUGCCAGGCUACAGCACACGUCACAACAACCUGGACCUGGUCAUUAUCCGGGAGCAGACGGAGGGAGAGUACAGCUCGCUGGAGCAUGAGAGUGUGACUGGUGUUAUUGAAUGUCUGAAAAUCAUCACCAGAGAGAAGUCCAGGCGCAUCGCCAAGUUUGCCUUCGAUUAUGCCACUAAGAAGGGGCGCAGCAAGGUCACAGCUGUUCACAAAGCCAAUAUCAUGAAGUUAGGCGACGGCCUAUUUCUGCAAAGCUGUGCAGAGGUGGCUCAACUGUACCCCAAAAUCAAAUAUGAGAAUAUAAUCAUUGACAACUGUUGCAUGCAGCUGGUCCAGAACCCGUACCAGUUUGAUGUGCUGGUCAUGCCCAACUUGUACGGCAACAUCAUUGAUAACCUGGCAGCAGGCUUGGUGGGGGGAGCAGGUGUUGUUCCCGGGGAGAGUUACAGUGCGGAAUAUGCAGUCUUUGAGACGGGCGCUCGCCAUCCCUUUGCACAAGCAGUAGGCAGGAACAUUGCCAACCCAACAGCCAUGUUGCUCAGUGCGGCCAACAUGCUCCGACACCUCAACCUGGACUACCACUCCCAAAUGGUGUCUGAUGCUGUCAAGAGGGUCAUCAAACAGGGCAAGGUGCGGACGCGAGACCUCGGCGGUUACUCGACCACGGGCGACCUUGUGCGUGCUGUUGUGGAUAACCUGCGACAGCGACCUGUUUACUAAGAUGUGUGGCCUCAUAUUGUGCUGUUUCUUCAGUAUGAUCACUUGUCUCUCUUGACUGUCCACAUGACACUUUGACCAAUGGAAUGCUUUUUAUACUAAGUUUAGUCCAACUCCAAAUGUUUGAGCAGGUCAGUAGUGCUCACAUUGACAGACUCCCUUAAAGCUGGACCUCUUGCCUUUUCUCACUUUGUACACUUACAGUGAAUGUUUUUCGGAGAGAAUUCACUUUUUUGUAUUCGACGCUCAAGUUUUAUGGUGACACAGUGAUGCAGUUUGUGCCUUGUUUUGGGACGACAGUACUGAGAACUUCACAAAAACGUCCAUGUUUAUCAUUGCAAUUUGAUAAAAAUGUGUAACAUGAACUCUGUUGAUAAAUCCAAUAAAGAGAGGCCAAAUCACCAAACA